AUGUGCAUUCUUAAUUGUAAGCAUGACAACGAUGAAUGCAUAACAAAAUUCAGCAAAACAUCUCGUGAGGUGGUCUAUAAGGCAGCACAGUUGCGAAAUGAUGAUGGCGUCAUUUCUAUUCUGGAUUCUUUUGGAGAAAACCAUCCUUCCUCUUGCUAUGGAUACCAUCGAAAGUGUUACCAGAAAUACACACACAAACGGUUGCUGCAAAAGUUACACGAGGAAACAAUCGAACCAGAGGCGUCAACUUCAACUGCUAGUACCGACACAGAAAUUGCUGUUCGAGUUCCGUCAAAAAGGAAAUGUCGUGGAGGUAAAACGAGAAAUUAGUCAUGGUAUUUUUUAUAUUACUUACGAGUUCAGUUUGAUUUUUUUUUUAAAUUUUUCCUAUUAAUGGGGAAUUAUGCACUAGUCAAUUGAAACCCCGGCCCCCCGACCCCCGGGAUAGGGCGGGGAAAUUAACAUUUUGACAAUGUUAAAGUUUUGUAAUUUCCCCGCUACCGGGGGAAUAUUGACUGUUAAAGUUACCGCCUAUGGCCCGGCACUUUGCAAAUUUUCAUGACUUGGGAAAUCGUUGAAGUAUAAAAUGCUCGCAACAUGUGAAGGCAAUUCUUCAUCUUAAACUUUGAUCCGCAUCAAAAGAUACUGAAGAUACCGGGGUUUCAAUUGACUAGUGCAUUACGCGUUUUCUUUUCUUGAACGUGUUAACCAUAACAAUUUUGUAUGCGUUAACGCAUUAUCAUUUUACCGGUGGCGCACUAAUAAUUCGUAAAUGUAGCUUUAUUGUGUAAACUAAAUAAGAAACGUUAUGGUACGUACGUGUACUCUUGUCGAUAAGUCAACUAUAUCAUAAUAAUUCAUGAUAUAUAUAGGAAAAAUUUUGGCUGAUCGAGACUGCUGCAUUUGCAAGAAAAAAAAGACAGCUCAGAGUGGGAGCGGAUACGAGCAGUUAGAGAAAUGUGUGACUGAGAAUGGCGCACGAACAUUGCAACUGGCAGCAACGUAUGAAGAUUAUUCAUUUUUGCAAACCGAAGUGGCUGGCAUUGAUUGGCAGACUAUUGUCGCAAAGGAGUAUUAUUACCAUCGAUCAUGUUAUAGACAUAUUGUUAGAAAGCGAGAACCGAAGGCUGCAGAGAAGAACGAAGAUAAGAUUAUGAAUGAAGUGUUUAAGUAUAUCGAAGAGAAAGUUAUCAACGAAUGUGAGGUAUUGCGGAUGGCUGAUAUUUCAAGAAAAUACUCAGAUCUCGUCGAACAAUCGCUUGGAGAUGAAGAUCAUAACGUUAUUGUGCCGAAAGCUCAGAAUUUAAAGGAGAAGCUUCAAAGGUUCUUCGGUAAUAAAAUUGGAUUCUGGCAUCCGUCAUCCGGUAGUGAGCUGUUAUUUAAUGAUGGUGUGGAUAAGGGACAGUUGGUUGAAGUGGCGGUGAGAGCGAAGCUAGCGAACUUAAAAUGGGAAGCCAAAUCUGCAGAAGAGAAAACAACAGAAGUUGCGCGCGAAAUUCGUAAGGAACUUCUUGAAGCCCCACCUGCAUAUCCUAGGUAUGUUGCAUAUAGUUCAGAAAAGACGUUAACACCUUGUGGAAAUACUAUUCGUUCGAACUUUGAUGUAAAUAAUAGAGAAUUUCGUUUACCUCAAAAUUCCGCAAUGAAACAGACUGUUGCGGAAUUUUGAAGUAAAUGAAAUUAUAUAUAUAUAUAUAUAUAUAUAUAUAUAUAUAUAUAUAUAUAUAUAUAUAUAUAUAUAUAUAUAUAUAUAUAUAUAUAUAUAUAUAUAUAUAUAUAUAUAUAUAUAGUUAAAAUAGCCAUAGAUUUUUUUUACUACUCUUGCUUUCAGUUGGCCGCCAUCAGAAAAUGACUUCCUAUCCAGCAAAACACCGAUACCUAAGUUAACUGCUCGAUUGUUAGAAGGAAUUCUCGUUAAAACCCCAGGACAAUCUCCAAAAGCGACUCGCUUAGUUUCUUCAAUCGGCCAGGAUCUUCUGUACCAUACUAAUAGCGGUAAGAAACAGAUAUCAAAGCACGCAACAUUUUCAUUUUUGAUCAAGCGAAAGACAGGGUCAAAGCAAGUCGUUACUUGGGCCAACAAGUUCGGACAUGGGAUUUCAUAUAACGACGUCCUGGUUCUCGAAACGCAUUUAGCGAUGGAACAUAGUAAAAAUCAAGUACACAGAUCUUUUACUCCUUCUAUCAUCCAACCGUCCAGAUUUGUUACGUUUGUUUGGGACAAUAAUGAUAUCAAUCCGGAAAGUCUGAAAGGCUUAAGUCUGCAUUGCACUAAUGGGAUAAUUAUACAAUCAUCUGCGCCUUCUCCUGCACCUGCACCUGAACCUGUACCCGAGCCGCUUUCUACACCUCUAUCACCAACGGCAAGUUCAAUAAAUAAAACGAGGAAGCCAAGGUCCUUCCAGCCUAUGGUAACUGAAAUACCUCCAUAUAUUCAGUUUAAAAGAAAGAAUACAGAGGACCAAAUUGAUGUUGAGCUGAAUUUGUAUAAUAAAGAGUUGGAGCUUUCACACGCGAUUGAUACUCUCUGGGUUAUCGCCAGGAGUCAGGCAAGCAAGAACGGUAGACAACAAACAAUACCUAAUUGGACCGGAUAUAAUUAUUUAGUGUGCAAUGAUGACGACAACUCAUUUCACAAGAUUGGUUAUUUGCCUGCCAUUAAUCAAUCCCCAACGUCACACGAUACGGUUCUAGAACUCCUCUCGCAGUCUAAACUGAAAGCAGAGAAGCUACAAUUGACAGAAACUGACGUUGUUCUUGAUAUGGCAAUCUACGCCAAAGCUGUCGAGAUUUUGAUGAAUCCAAGAUACAUCGAUCUGAAAAAGUUCAUUGUACUACGUCUUGGUGCCUUCCAUACUAUGUGCAUCUUCAUCGCUGUCAUUGGGAAACGCUUUAGCGAUGCUGGUCUUCGCGAUAUUGUAAUCGAAUCGAACUUACUCGGUGAAAGCUCAGUUGAUCAAAUGCUUAAAGGGAAGCACUACAACAACGCGAUGCGAAUUCUCAAGUACCUAUAUGAUGCAGUUAAAAGACAUAUGAUUGAAAGCUUCGAGCAAUCAGUGAUGGAACGUACUGGCCAUCUCAACAUAAGCGGUUACAAAGAAUUAACGGAGUCUUUAGAGCUGCACAGAUUCCUUUCAUCCCCAACCGAAGACUCACUGGAAACUCUACAUGAAAGUCACAAGGAAGUAAUAAAUCAGAUCCAUUCUUACCAAAAUUCUCUCCUGACUGGUUCUCUUGGUCCUACAGCAUGCAUCUGGUCAUCGUUUUUGCAAAUGGUGCAAACUUUGCUUGAUUUCGCGCGAUCAAUUAAACUUGGCGAUUGGAAAAUUCAUCUGCAAUCAACAGAAAACAUGUUGCCUUGGAUGUUUGCCUAUGACCGUCCGAAUUACGCUCGUUUCCUGACAUAUUACUUGGUGAACAUGCAGAAAUUGCCCGAAACCCAUCCAUCCAUCCAUCAGCAAUUCGAAGCUGGCCAUUUUUCUGUUAGGCGGCAGCAAGGAAAGUUCAAUAAAAUACCAUCUGAUCAAGCGAUCGAGCAGACCAUCAACAGACAACAAAAAUGCGCAGGUGGAAUUAUCGGUUUCAGUACUUCUGACGGCACAGUGCAAAGAUGGACUCUAACUAGUCAUAUUGCUGCUAAGUCCCAAUCUUGGCUUGAAGAAUUCCUUGGCAUGUCUGACGAUAAAUGUAUAACGAAAGAUUUGGCCGAGAAAAGAAUCCUGCAUGACGAAGAAUGUACACUUCGAAGCUAUGAUCUAAUUAAAGAAUGGGGAACGCCAUUUUGCGAAAAUACUCGAUUAAUACACCUAAGCUCUGGUUUGGAAUGCACUAGUGAAGUUGAAUUGGAUAUGGUUGAUGCCGAAAAAAAAGGGAAAGAGGCUUUGGUCAGUUUCAUAGAGAAGCGUAUUGAAUCCAACGAGGAAGACCUAUAUAUUCCGAUAUCCAAGAUGAAGUUGAAGACCUUCGCGUCAAUGAAAAUGAAGAAGUCUUGCUCUGUUAAGGAACUAAACCUAACAUUAAAGGCUGACAGAGAUAUCUUUGCGCGACUGUUGGUUAUCUGUGGAAAACGAGAAAUUUCGUUAAGUGACGUUUUUGCAUUUUCGUUGGGACCUAUUCCUUGGUCGUUAGCCACGUUAGAUGGAAGUCUGACAAAAACGGUUAAAUCCAAAUUAUUAAAUGCUAUCGAAAAUGAUGUCGAUGAUGCAACUGUGAGUGCUCUACCAGAUGAGUGUGUCCGAGUCUACGAUGGAAUGGUUAUCAUUCAGCAAUUACCUUCCGUAUGUUUGGCAACAUUCGGCGACAUUUCCGAAUACGUCCUAAAAAGAAUUACAUCUCAUUCAUCAAAAGUUAUUUACAUGGCCACUGAUCAAUAUUAUGAUUGUUCCUUAAAAGGCAGUGAACGAAAACGACGUGCUUCUGCUGGGAAUAUCCGCGUACAGAUUAAUAGGAGAGAUCAAAAGCCACCUAAGCAAUUUAAGAAGUACCUGAGUGAUGGUUCCAACAAAGUCGACCUUGUAAAAUUCCUUCUUCUUGACUGGUCAGACCCAGAACGUUUUAGAGAAGUCAUCAUGGGUAGAGUCAUAUUUCUGAUAGUAGAGUGCAAGGCUUAUCGAUUACAGGUGAUGGAGAAUAGAGUCACCUCAACGCCCGAAGAAGACCUUUCUUCUGAUCAAGAAGAAGCAGACACAAAGAUGUUCUUGUGUUGCCUGCAUGCCAUCCGUUAUUUCUCGUGUGAAAAUAUCUGCAUUUUUACAGUCGAUAGUGAUGUUGCCAUUCUCGCGAUUUAUUACAAGAACUAUAUCCCAUGCAAUCUCUUUGUUGAAAUUGGAUCAAAAGCGAAGAAACGGAUUAUACGUAUUGCCAGGAUUUCCGAAACCAUCGGGAAAGAAUUAUCAGAUGCCCUCCCCGCGUUGCAUGCAGUUAGUGGCUGUGACACAACCAGUGCAUUUUUUGGAAUUGGGAAGCAAAAGUUCUACAAAGUUGUCAACAACUCUGAUCGGUUCAAAGAGGUAUUGGCACAAAUGGGAAACACUUUCGAUUUCGAUUUGGAUCUCUUUCCAGUCUUUCAAGAGAUGAUUGCUGCAUGUUAUGGAAUUAAGAAUUGUACCAAAAUCAACGAAGCACGCUAUCGUAAAUUCUGCACGAAAGCGAAGAUUCCUGAUCCCCAACAACUUCCACCUACUGAGGACGAGUUAUUACUCCAUUGCAAACGAGCAAAUUACGUCACUUGUAUUUGGAAGUCUGCGUUAGUUGCUACAAUCAAUCCUCCACGCCCUACAGGAUAUGGCUGGGUAGAAACCGAUGGCAUAUUGGAAGUAAAGUGGAUGAGCCAAAAACCAGCGCCUGAUUCGUUGUUAGAGUUUCUAGCAUGUGGAUGCAAAAAAUCUAAGUGUCAAAAUAAUAUGUGCAUUUGUGUGGCAAAUGGUCUAAACUGCACGGAUUUGUGCAAUUGCAAUACAUGUGCAAAUGGCUUACCAGAUGAAGACGACCUUACCAGAAAUGAUGUAUUUGAUAUGGAUGAUGACACUGAUGAUUAA